AUGAGUGAGGGGGCGAAGGGCGGCAUGAAGGCGGUGGUCUGGACGGACACCUUCCAGGUGGUGGUGCUGUACGUGGCCAUGUUCGCGGUGCUCAUCAAGGGCACCGUCGAGGUGGGCGGCCUGGACACGGUGUGGCGCCGCAACGUGGAGCACGGCCGGGGAGACCUGUUCAAGUGGACCACGGACCCCACCGAGCGCUACUCCGUGUGGUCGUCGUUCGUGGGCGCGGCGGUGCUGCACAUGGCGGUGUACGGCGCCAACCAGCUGCAGGUGCAGCGCUACCUCACCGUGCCCUCCGUCAAGCAGGCGCGCCAGAUGAUCUGGAUCAACUGCGCGGGCUGGACGGUGGUGGUGCUGCUCACGGUGUACGCCGGCAUGCUCAUCUUCGCCAAGUACGCCGCGUGCGACCCCAUCACGUCGGGGCUCGUCACCAAGGCCGACCAGCUGUUCCCGCUCUUCGUCAUGGACUCCGUCGGCGACCUGCCGGGCUUCCCGGGCCUCUUCGUCGCGGGCAUCUUCAGCGCCGGGCUCAGCACCGUGUCCACGGGGCUCAACUCCCUGGCCGCCAUCUGGUUCGCGGAGCUGGACGGCACGCAGUUCAAGGCCAAGCUGUCGGACCGCGGCCGCGGCCUCACCGUCAAGAUGUUCUCGCUGGGCUUCGGCCUGCUGUCCUUCGCGCUCGUCUUCCUGGUGCCCUUCAUGUCCGGCCUGGCGCCCGUCGCCAUCGCGCUGUCCUCCUUCUUCUCCGGCACGCUCUUCGGCCUCUUCAUGCUGGGCAUGUACGUGCCCUUCGCCAACGCCGUGGGCGCCACGGUGGGGCUGCUGGCGGGCAUCGGCGUGGUGGGCUGGAUGACGAUCGGCGCGCAGUGGGCGACCGACGCGGGGCAGAUCGUGAACCCCGUGCUGCCGCUGUCCACCGACGGCUGCGCCGCCAUGAACCUGACCGUCGUCCUGCUCGACGCACCGGUGCAGAAGGAGUACGCCAUGGUGCUGUACCGCGUGUCCUUCCUGUGGUACUGCACGCUGUCCCUCAUCAUCACGGUGGCCGCCGGGGUGGCGGCCAGCGCGGUGGCCUCGUUGUUCUCGCGCAGCGACGCGCCGCCGUCCGACUCGUCGACGCGCGCCGCGUCCGCGUCGCCGUCCUGGACGGCCGUGCAGUCGUCCGAGGCCAGCCUGGAGGACGACCACGGCCCCGCCAAGCUGCUGGUGCGCUCGGGUGACAAGACGUCGGGCGCCUUGCAGGGCGUGGCCAACCCCCUGGCGGAUGACAUUCUGCCGGACGAGAAGGCCGCCGCCGGUCGCGUGUCGAAGGACCUGCGGGCGGCGUCUGCCGCCCCAGCCGACGGACAAGUCGAGCGGUAGCAACAGAAGCGCAUGGAGUGCGUCAACGACACUGUAAACGACUAGCGCCUGCAGAGGCGCGGGUAGGCCACCUUUCGUGCACGAGUGUGCGUUGGGUGGCCUAACGGCGUCGCCGCAGGCGCUACCAGCGCGAGUCAGUAAGCGGCCAGCUGGGCCGGCGUCCGUCUGUCCGUCUCUCCGCCUCUCUCUCUCUCUCUCUCUCUCUCUCUCUCUCUCUCUCUCUCUCUCUCUCUCUCUCUCUUCUUCUCUCUCUCUCUCUCUGUCUCCAUCCGCCUGCACGCUGCGUUGCCUAUCCUCGCUCUGCCGGGCGCGCCCGGCUGCUGCGACUCCGCGGCCCUGCUCGUUCGUCUGCAGACUGAUUCCGAGAGUCGUUUUCGUCACUCUGUCUCUCUCGCACUCAUACGUGAUGCCCCACGGGUGCGAGAGAGACAGAGCGACGAAAACGACUCUCGGAAUCAGUCUGCUGCCCGCCAGAGGGCAUCGCCCUGCGCCGAUCUAGGGCCGUCGCGGUCUUAGCGCCGGAAAGAGGAGGAAGGCGCGUCGACGUCGCGAAGACAAAAAAUUCCAAGCCUGAAUUAUGGAGAGGUUGUAAAAGGACUGAAUGAAAUGAAAUAUUUAACUCUACGAGAACACGAAG